UAUAAAUAAACCCCUCCUUUGGAAGACCUAGAGUGCAUCAAUUUGCUUCCAUUUUAGAAAGAAUGGGUUCUCUGAUCAAUAAGCCUCAUGUAGUCCUUCUCCCAUUCCCUGCACAGGGCCAUGUGAACCCAUUCAUGCAACUAGCCAAGCUCCUUCACUCAAGAGGCUUCCACAUAACCUUCGUUAACAAUGAAUUUAACCGCCAGCGCUAUCUUAAGUCCAAAGGAUCCGAAUACCUCGAGGGCCUGCCGGAUUUCAAGUUCGAAACCAUUACCGACGGGCUGCCACCGUCCGACCCGGAUGCCACCCAGGAUAUUGCAUCCUUAAGUGAUAGGGCUAGGAAGGAUAUGAUAGUUCCAUUCAGGGAGUUACUGAAGAAGCUGAAUUCGACGCCGGAUUUGCCUCCGGUGAGUUGUGUGAUUUCCGAUGCGUUCUUGAUUUUUGGGGUUAAGGCUGCUAGAGAGCUUGGUAUUCUUGGAAUUCCUCUUUGGACUGCCUCUGGUUGUGGCCUCUUGGUAUAUUUGCAUUACCCGGAACUUCGUAAGAGAGGCCUUUUUCCAUGCAAAGAUGAAAAUUUCAACACCGAUGGCACUCUAGAUACUCCAAUCGACUGGAUACCAGGCGUCAAAGAUUUCAGACUACGCGACUUGCCAAUGCCUUGCAGAUCCACCAACCCUAACGAAAUCCUUUGGAAUUGUUUAAAAGACGAGACAAUCGACUGUCUCUCAUGUCCGGCAAUGAUGGUCAACACCUUCGAGGAAUUCGAACACGAAGCCAUGGAAGUAGUUAAGACCAUAUACCCCAACAUCUACAACAUUGGACCUCUAACAUUACUAGAGAAAAGCCUCUCACAGAGCCAAGCAAAGACACUGAACCCUAGUUUGUGGAAACAAGACACUAAAUGUCUCGAAUGGCUAGAUAAACAGAAACCCAACUCGGUUGUUUAUGUCAAUUACGGUAGCAUAGCAGUACUGUCCGAACAACACUUCAGGGAGUUUGCUUGGGGACUUGCUGAUAGUAAUUAUCCAUUUUUGUGGGUGGUUAGGCCUGACAUUGUGAAGGCGAAUUCGGCUACUUUAACCGAAGAAUACUACGAGGUGAUUAAGGAUAGAGGGUUGUUGGCUCCAUGGUGUCCGCAAGAGCAAGUUCUGGCCCACAAAUCAGUUGGUGUUUAUCUUUCUCACAGUGGGUGGAAUUCGACAUUGGAGACUAUUUGUGCUGGCGUGCCUGUGAUUUGUUAUCCUCUGUUCGCGGAGCAGACGACGAAUGCGCGGUUUUCUUGCACGGUUUGGGGGAUUGGGGUGGAGCUGGAUCAGGAUGUGAAGAGGGAGCAACUGACUAGGCUUGUGAAGGAAGUGUUGGAGAGUGAGAAUGGGAAGAAAAUGAAGAGAAGGGCAGUGGAGUGGAAGAAGAAAGCAGAAGAAGCAACUAGUGUUGGUGGAUCUUCUUACAAUGAUUUUAAUAGGUUGUUUCAAGAGGUUCUUCACUUUGGGAAUUGAUCAUCACUACUUGAUUGAUUUCAAAUUGUAAUAAAUAAGUAACCUGAUUAAAGAUUCAUCGAGUCGCAACUUUGUAUGUGUAUAUCAGGAUUGCUCACAUGCAGACGUCUGUAAUCUUAUAUAUUAUAGACAUUCAAUGUUUCUAUGUGAUAACA